AUGAUCGACGGCAACAAGCUCAACGCUCUGCCGGCCGAGUUCGAUGAGAUCGAGGACUCCAUUGAGCGCUUCACCUACGACAACAACCCCUUCUCCAGCAAGCUUCUGACCUUUGACCACGACGAGCUCUACGAUGAGGGAGACGAGGAGGACUUUGCCUUCUCCGACGAGGACGGCGACUGGGAAACCAAGCUCGUCUUCCAGAUGUUGAAAGAUGGUAAAGGGAAGCCGGGCCAGCAGGUGCACUUGCAGAUCUCACCCGAGCUGGACACCAUCAAGUGGACCCAGCGCGGCCCGCGCCUCAGGCGCCAAACUUCGUGGUCGGGCUCUUCCAAGCCCGGCGUGGUGACCGAGGGGAAGGACUCGGACAAGAAGCAGAGCGAGCUGCGCUAUCUGAAGGGCGGCACCGUGCGCGUGGGCGGCGGCUCGCGGCUGGGCGGAAGCGUCGCGCGCGCCACGCUCGACACCGACAUGUUCCAGCCCCGCUCGCCCCGCUCUCCGCGUGCGCCCGGCAAUGCUGCGGGCCUGAUCGGACAGGCGGGAGCCGCGCUCGAGCCAAAGAAGCAGGAGGAGAAGAAGGAGCCCAACUCCAUCACCAUCGCCGACGUCGAGGAAGUGGCCGUGGGCAAGGAAGCCGUCAAGCACGUCGAAGGGGCCAAGGUGGUGAGCGAGGACCUCUGUUUCUGCCUCGUGUGCCCCGAGAGGGCGAUCCUUCUCGAGGCGCGCUCCUCCGCUGAGAGGGAUGAAUGGGCGCGCGCGUUCUUGAUGCUCCUCAAGUACUGGAUCAAGGGCACCAUCAAGGACAGCGACGACGAAGAGGAGGAGGAGGACGCCGCCACGUCGGACGAGGAGGACAGCAUGCAGCAGAGCCGCGACGACGACAGUAGCGCCGGGUCCAUGCAGCAGAGUCGCGAAGACGACGAGUCGACCAUGUCGCAGUCCGCCGAUGCCAAAUCCAAGUUGGCUUCCGGCGAAAGCAAGAAGUCGAGCGGCAAGAAGAAGAAAUCCAAGAGUGGAGAGGGCAAGUCGAAGAAGUCCAAGUCGACCAUCGCCAGACCGGGCGCCGACGAAAGCGAAGCCGCGGCCGCAGAGGGCGACAAGAAAAAGAAGAAGAAAAAGAAGAAGACGGAGGACUCCGGCAGCACGCUGAAGAAGAGCAAGACCAAGAAGCUCAAGAGGAAGAAGACCAAGAAGUUCGCCAACCGUGCCGAGGAGCUCGCCGACAUCGAGCAGGCCAUCCACUCCGGCGAAGUCCACGAUGACGAGAUGCGGAAGAUGGUGGAGGAGAUCCGUCAGUUGGAGGCCGAGACCUCCAAGCUCGAGGCCGAGGAGAUACGCAAGAAGAAAUCCAAGUUGGCUUCCGGCGAAAGCAAGAAGUCGAGUGGCAAGAAGAAGAAAUCCAAGAGUGGAGAGGGCAAGUCAAAGAAGUCCAAGUCGACCAUCGCCAGACCGGGCGCCGACGAAAGCGAAGCCGCGGCCGCAGAGGGCGACAAGAAAAAGAAGAAGAAAAAGAAGAAGAAGGAGGACUCCGGCAGCACGCUGAAGAAGAGCAAGACCAAGAAGCUCAAGAGGAAGAAGACCAAGAAGUUCGCCAACCGUGCCGAGGAGCUCGCCGACAUCGAGCAGGCCAUCCACUCCGGCGAAGUCCACGAUGACGAGAUGCGGAAGAUGGUGGAGGAGAUCCGUCAGUUGGAGGCCGAGACCUCCAAGCUCGAGGCCGAGGAGAUACGCAAGAAGGAGGAGGAGGCCAGGAAGGUGGCCGAGGAGCUCAAGCGGCAGCAGCAGGCUGAGGGCCUCGAGGUCGAUGACGACGACGACGCGACAGCGGAGGAACAGGAGGCCGCGCGCAAGGCCGACGAGGAGAAGCAGCGCCAGCUCAAGGAGCAAGAGGAGGCCCAGGCGGAGCAGCGGAAGCAGGAGGAGCAGCUGGCCACCGCUCGGCGUGAGGCAGACGAAAAGAAGAGGCAGGAGGAAGAGGAGAAGAAGCAGAAGGAGGCAGAAGAGGCCGAGGAGAGGCGCCUCAAGGAAGAGGAGGAGCGCAUGAAGAAGGAUACCGAAAGGAGGUUGCAGAUCGAGCACAGGAAAAAGGAGGCGCUGGAGAAGAGAGCGCAGGAGAGACAGGCCAAGCUGGAGCAGCUGCGUCAGGGCAUCACCAUCAAGAAGCCCGAAGCCGAGGCCGCCGGUCCCUCCGCGGCCGGAGGAGUCCGCUUUGCCGUCACUGCGGCAGAGACGCCCAAGACGGCCGAGGAGAAGAAGAAGGAGCUGUUCGAACAAAGGGCACGCGAGCGCGAGGCCAGGCUGGCCGCCCUGCGUAACUUUGGGCAGCAGAAGAAGGAGGAGGCCAUCAAGGAGAAGGAGGAGCUCGAAAAGGAAGCCGAGGAACGCAAGCAACGGUUGGUUGCGCUCAAGGCCGCCUCGGUCAAGCGCUUCAACGAGAAGCACGCGGUGCUGCAGGCCAUCAAGAUGAAGGAAGAGGAGAUCAGGCAGAAGGCCGAGGAAGAGGAAAGGGAGAGGGCAGCCCAGCAGCAGCAGAAGCAGCAGCAAGCAGAGAAGCAGCAGCAGCAACAGGCAGAGUCGGCGGCUGCCAAAGAAAAAGAGGAGCGCGACAGAAAGGACAAAGAGGAGCGCGAGAGGCAGGAGAAGGAGGACAAGGCCCGCAAGGAGCGCGAAGAGCGCGAAAAAAAGGAGAAGGAGAAGGAAAAGCAGCUGCUGCAACCUGCCAAGUCUCCCCGCGCGACGGACUCACCGGCGAGGAAGGUUUCGGUGCUGGAUGCGGUGACCUCCGAUGGCAGCACCAUUCUGGCCGCUCCGCAGAAGACCCGCGCCCGCGCACCGACCGGCAAGCGGCUCCCCACAAUCCGGAGUCGUGCUGAGCGUGCCGAGGAGCGCCGUGAACAGCUGCGCCAGGCCAGCAUUCCGCGUGCGGAGAGGCAGAUCGUUCACGAAGCCUUCAAGGUGGCGCAGGCCACUUUGCCCAAGUUCUGUCGCGAGUGCGGCGUGCCGCUUCGUGGUCCCUUCUGCACGGGCUGUGGUGCCAAGAUCGAGGCCACCGAGCUUCCCGCGUCGCCCGCGUCGGUUGCGAGGUCUAGUCCGGCAGAGGCCCAGCCUGGGUCCAGCGCUGAUGCCGGCCUCACCGAGGCGGAGAAGAUGCGGCAGCGCAUCUUCCAACGCAAGGCCGCCGCCGCUGGCGCUGGGUCUCCCGCCGCGUCUCCCGAACCCCUGCGUGGACAGGUGGCCGAGUCGUCGCCCAGCGCCGAUCCGGCUGCCGAGGAGGACUACGAGGAGAUGAUGCGGCGACGCCGGGCCGAGUCCAUCCUCAAGAAGAAGGAGGACGAGAAGCAGGAUCGCAAGAACAUCAUCAAGGCCUUCCACGAAAAAGCCAAAGAAAAAGACGAAAACUUCGUGGAGAAGCUGGUGCAGCUCAAGGGCAGGCGCAAGGUGCAGUCCACGCUCAUCGAGAAGACGGUCAAGGCCAUGAACGAGGGCGACGCCUACCUGCUCUACUCUCGCGACACACUCUACGUCUUCUACGGCCAGGAGGCCAACCGCAUGGAGAAGGCCAAGGCCCUCGAGCUGACCAAGCGGAUCAACUUCCACGAAUGCGGCGGAAGGGCGCAGGUCGUCACCGUGCGCAGGAAGGCCGACUCCGAUUUCAACGAGAAGGACGAAAAGCGCGAUGCCGCCUCCAAGACCUUCUGGCAACUCCUCGGCGGAGGCAAGGAGGAGGACCUGAUGUCGGCCGAGGCGGGCGGUAAUGACAUCGCGUUCGAGCGCACGUUCCACUCGCAGCUCACCCUCGAGAAGCUCCACAAGGUCGAGGGCCAGUUCAAGUCGGAGAUGGUCGAUUUCGGCACCCACCCGACCAAGGACCUCCUCGAGAAGGACAAGUGCUACCUGCUCGAUUGCGGACCCGGUUCAGUCUACGUGUGGCUCGGAAGGAACGCCAACCCCGACCACAGGACGUGGGCCAUCAACUACGCGAACGACAUCCGAGGCCAGGAGGGUCGGUCGGAGUGGCUGUACAUCGAGCGCGAGACCGAUGGCGGCGAGUCGAUCCUCUUCCGCGAGAAGUUUGUCGGGUGGGGCGAAGCCAACGAAGGUCCCUUUGGCAGCCCCAUCCCCGGCGGCGGCAGUCCCAUCGCUCUCAAGAAGAAGAAGACCGGCACGCUGAACAGAGUCAAGUCUCGCGUGCGCCUGACAUCGGCCCUGGAGAAGCGCAAAAAGGAGCAGGAGAGAGUCGACAUUCGCGCUCUGCACACGGGUGUUCGCCCAGUCCUCGAUGUCCCGUGGGCGAACGACGACGGUCAGAGCGGCACGCUGGAGAUGUGGAUCGUGAACAACAAGACCUACGAGCUCGAGGAGUACUCCAAAGAGAAGCACGGCAUCUUCUACAGCGCGGAGGCCUACGUCAUGCUGUGGACCUACCGGCACGGCGGUUUCACGGGGCAGUCGGAGCAGAUCCGUUGGCUCAUCUACUACUGGCAGGGUGCCCACGCCUCUCGGCAGGACAAGGGCGCGGCAGCGAUGAAGACCAAGGACAUUUUGGACAUCGUCAAGCGGAGGGGAGGUGACGCCGACACCGUGCGCGUGGCUCAGGGCAAGGAACCGCUCCACUUCCUCAAGCUCUUCCAGGGACGCAUGAUCGUGCAUCUCGGCCCUCAGGGGAAGCACAGCGCAAAGAAAGACGCGCUGUACCACGUGCGGGGCCUGGCGGACGCGUUCGCCAUGCGGGCUGUACAGAUACCGGCCAAGAGGAAGUGGCUCAACUCGCGCGACUGCUUCCUGCUCACCUCUGGCGGCAAGCAGUUGUUCCUGUGGCAGGGCGAAGGCGCCUCCGACGCGCUCCGUCGCCAGGUUACUGUCCUUGCCGACGUGCUCGCCAAGGACCUGGGGCGAACCAGCGCGCCGGUGGUGGUCCGCGAGAACCUGCCGAGCAAGGAGUGGGAGAAGGCCAUCGGCAAGAAGCAGGAGUACCCGUGCGCGCCACACCUCAAGCGAAGUCAUGGCUGGCGGCCGCGUCUCUUCGUGUGCUCCUCCACGAGCGGCGAGUUCCGCGUCGACGAAGUGUUUGACUACGCCCAGGAGGACCUCGAGCCGAGCAAUAUCUACCUCUUGGACGCGUGGGCCGAAGUGUUUGUGUGGAUCGGUUCCAAGUCCUACGAGGAGGACGAGCGCAUGGCCAUGGAGACUGCCGUGGCGUACGUGCAAGGCGCCACCGACGGCCGAUUGUUGGAUGCGCCGGUGUAUUCGAUCAGAGAAAACGACGAAAGCCUCGAGUUCACGUGCCACUUCCAGGCCUGGGACGAUGGAUGGGGAGCGGAACUGGUCAAGGGCAAGAAGAAGGCCAGCAAGAAAAAGAAGACCGAGACUCAAAACGUGCGUGCGCUGCUCGCCGAACUCAACCGGGUCUACACGUACGAGGAGCUCAAGGCCAAGCCCCCGCCGAAGGGCUUGGACAAGACGAAACUGGAGCAGUACCUGAGCGAAGAGGAGUUCAAGACGGUGCUGCAGAUGACCAAGGACGAGUUCUACGCCCUGCCGCCGUGGAAGCAAAACAAAUUGCGCCAGCAGGCCAGCCUCUAUUAG